AUGACAGAGGUAGAAAAGGCACAAAAAGCCGUUCGCGAAGAUGACACAAUUUUUGGCAAAAUCAUUAGGAAGGAAAUACCUGCAAAAAUAAUAUUUGAAGAUGAUGAGGUGCUGGCCUUCCAUGACGUCACUCCGCAAGCUCCGACACAUUUCCUCGUUAUACCCAAGAAAAGAGUGGCCAUGUUGCAGGAAGCUGAAGAUAGCGUAAGAGUUUUUAAUAAAGAUGGUAGCACUAAGUAACU